AUGGCGUUACUCAGCAACGCUCUCCGGCAAGCCUUCAUGCCGAAGCACGAGUACGACAAUCUGCGCGAAGAAGACAAAGCGAUGAUCCAAUUACAACGCCCCGUCUUGAUUUCCCUCUUGUUGUGUAUCGUGAUUGUGAUCGUUGUGUCCACCUCGAUUAGCGUGAAGAUUGUGUUCCCGGCGGAGGACGGGAAACGCGUGUUUUGCCGGGAUUUGAGGAUUCAGCCGUUGUCGAUAAAUGUGAGCUCUGGUGGCGGUGGCGGCGGGGAGGAUGUGUUUCCUGGGGCGUUUUAUUUGACGGAUCAGCAGACGGUGGAUUAUUAUUGGAUGGUGGUGUUUAUGCCGUUGGUUUUGGUGUUUUUGGUUUCAGUUGCGUAUUUAGUUGCUGGCAAUGCACUAAGUGUUGUGUCCAGUGUUUGUGUUUAUGCAGCUGAUGAGGUAAAAGAACCUAGAGGCUGGCACCACUUCUAG